AUUCUUCUGCUCCUCCACCGAGAGCGGGGCGAGCAGGCGAGGCCACACGAUUCUCCUCUCCCUUGCCGCUUCCAACACCAAGUCUCGCCGUGGCCAGGACUGAGCUAGGGUUUGCGUGAUCUUCGGGAGGAGGGAGCAGGAGAGAGUUCGAGGAGGAGGAGGAGGAGGAGAAGAUGAUCGAGGUGGUGCUGAACGACCGGCUGGGGAAGAAGGUGCGGGUGAAGUGCAACGAGGACGACACCAUCGGCGACCUCAAGAAGCUGGUGGCGGCGCAGACCGGGACGAGGCCCGAGAAGAUCCGCAUCCAGAAGUGGUACAACAUCUACAAGGACCACAUCACCCUCAGGGACUACGAGAUCCACGACGGGAUGGGCCUCGAGCUCUACUACAACUAGACACCGUGCCUCUGGCUGGUCUGAAUUCUAGUCUCAUGGAUGGCGAUCUGUUGAUUAUAUAUGCCCAUUUGAGCGGCCAGCGUCCGUAGCUCAUAUAUAAAACUCUAGUGAGCUGUGUAGUUCGUUGUGCCUAUGACUGUUAACUUCGAAUAUGUCGUUGUAGUAUGAUCAACCAGCAGAUGUGUUGUAUUUGAGGUUCUGCUACUCUCAUAACAUAAAUAACAUGUUAUGAAACUUUGAUCAAGUCUCA